UGUAAAGGAAAUGUUGAAGUUAUAUAGCAUUAUCCUACAAAAGUUUACCUUUUUCCAGUAAGGCUGGGGUAAUUGUAGCAAAAUAAAUUCACGAACACCACCAGCCCCCCAACCAAUAAAAACUGCUUCUUUUUUUUUUUUUUUUAAUUUUUUUAAGUAAGAGGGGGAAAUCGAACUUAAGACAUCGAAUCGGGUGCAUAGGUAAAUCUUCUUAAUCGUGGCAUCCUUAACCACUUGGGGCCGUAAAAUUAUUAGUAAAAAUUACUCAUGAGUUUGUGGGAACCCGCCACAAAAGAGAACGAACAACUAAAACAUAAGCCGAAACGCAGCGUUUCGUUCGUCUCUAAUCUCUUUCGACUCUACUGUCUUCGAACAGUGAGCCAGAUACAGCAUCCCAGCACCUCAGCUCUCUCUCAGUCCUCAGUCAGUCCAAACUCCAAAGUCGUCUUCUCUAUUCUCUUCUUCUCCGAUAACCCAAAUUCCCCCCGUUGCAGCUUGCAGGCCUCCUUCGAACGGCGACGUAUCGAGUCUCUUUCUCUUCUCUUGUUUCUCGGCGAACCAGGCAGUUGGUUUAGAUAAUGGAUUACACUUGUCAAGGGAAAAUAUUAGAGAUAAGUGACAAGGAAGAAAUAUUUGACGCAAUUGAUGAACUAAAAGUGGGAAUGGAGGUGUCUAAUGAAGCUGAAGCUUACAAUCUAUGCAACACCUAUGCCUUUAGGAAAGGUUUUAGUAUUCGUAAAGGGAAUAUUCGAAGAGAUGCGCAAAAUAAGGUCAGGCAAAGGGACUAUUUUUGUUCAAAAGAAGGGUUUCAAUCAGAUGAAGAUUUGUGUGAAGUGAAAAAGGUGAGAAGAUUAGACACAAGAACAGGUUGUAAGGCUCUAAUUCGAUUCACCGCGGAUAAUGGUAUAUGGAAGAUCAGUCACAUCAAUCUAGAUCAUAAUCAUGAGUUUGCUAAGCCUGAAGAAAGACAAUUUCUACGAUCAGGUCGACAUAUACCACGUGUCCGUGCAGGUAUGCUUGGCCCUAAGGUUGAUGAGAGUACAAGACCAACAAAAUCAUACUCUUACUUGGGAAAAAAGUUUGGCAAUGCUGAGAAUGUUGGGUCCACUAAUAAAGAUUGUCUUAAUUAUUUGCAAAGGAAUAAGGAAGAAAUGCUAGAAGGAGGGGAUGGGCAAAGUUUGAUAAAUUAUUUUAAGCAUAAACAAAUGGAGGAUCCAAGUUUUUUCUACAGUGUUCAAGUGGAUCAAUUUAAUCGGAUCACAAAUUAUUUUUGGAGAGAUGGUAGAUCAAAGUUAGAUUAUGAUUGCUUUGGAGAUGUUGUAUGCUUUGACACCACAUUUCGAACCAAGAAAUACAAUCUAAUUUGUGCUCCAUUUGUGGGUGUUAAUCAUCACUGCAAGAAUGUCUUAUUUGGUUGUGCUUUUGUAUCGGAUGAGAGCACUGACUCAUUUAUUUGGUUGUUUGAAACAUUUUUGGAGUCCAUGGGAUAUAAGCAACCGAAAACCAUUUUCACAGAUGUGGGUAAUGCAAUGGCAAAUGCAAUUGUGGUUAUGCUUCGAGAGACACGCCAUCGCCUAUGCAUAUGGCACAUAUCUAAGAAUGCUACACAAUAUAUUGGAUCUCAUUAUUCUAAUCACGAGUUCAAGGAGCACUUUAACAAAUGCUUUCACGAUUGUCUCACUGAAGCGGAAUUUGAAGCUACAUGGAAUGACUUGAUUAGAAAGUUCAACCUUGAGAGCAAUUCGUGGCUGCAAGAGUUAUAUUCACUUAGAGAAAAAUGGUGUCCUGCUUUUAGCUUAGACACUUUUACAGCCAAUAUUAGAUCCUCCAAUAGAGGUGAGAGCAUAACCAGUACAUUCCAUCAAAUUUCUACAAAAACAAUGGAUCUCAUUGGUCUUGUACAGCAUUACGAGAAAAAAACAAAAGUGGUGCGGUCAGCAGAGUUGGAAGAGGAUUUUCGUUGUAAAAAUGGUAUGCCUCAUCUUAGAGCAAAUAGUGGUAUCUUUAAGCAUGCAGCUUCUGAGUACACAAUUAAAAUGUAUUCAUUCUUUGAAAAUGAGCUUAUGAGUAUCUUUGGGGUGAGGAUGAUAGAAGUUGGUAAUGAUGGCAACCAAUAUAUUUAUGAAGCAAUUGAAGAAGGUCAUCCAAGAGUCUACAUUAUUGAAUAUAACUCCGCUACUUCCAUGGUUUCUUGUUCUUGUAAGUUAUUUGAAUCCAUAGGAUUGUUGUGCCGUCAUGCCCUAAAAGUAUUGGAUUUAAAAAACUUCACAAGCAUUCCGACCAGGUACAUAGAGAAGAGAUGGACUAAAGGGGCAAAGAAAAGGAUUGUGGAGAGUAGUCAUUUAUAUGAGUCGUCAUAUAAAAUGGGGAAGUCUGCUCAAUCAUUGCGCCUAAGUGAGUUGAUGCAUGAAGGAAAUAAUGUUUUCAGUAUAGGCUCAUUGUGUGAUUCAGGAACGAGAAUUGUUAAACAGAAGUUGGUGGAGGCCAUGAAGUUGCUUGAAAGUGAUGAGGAAACUACAUCUUUGCAGGGAAAUUUGAACAAAGUAGAUGAUCAAUUUGUUCGUGAUGUGCUUGAUAACUGAAGGUAUUGACUCUCCUACUUGCGAGGGCCAAACAAAUUGUACUUUGUUGUGUAAGGUUUCGGAACAUGGUUUUGUUUCUUCCUUUUUUCUUUUUUGGGUCUCUUUAGGUUGAAGCUGUCAUUGUACAUAUUUUCGUUUCAGGUCACAGCUCCCUUAUGUUAGAAAUAUUCUGUUGUAGUGCUCCUUAUAUGUAUGUGCUUUGUAUUGGAGUUUAUUAACUUUGGUCAGUUUGGGAUGAAUUUAAGUAGCAUAUCCUUUUGGUCUAUGAUAUUUUGUGGUUCUUUCUUCUUA